CGCUGGCCAUGUUUGCUUUCCCAGCUGUCUAGAUGCGGACUGGCUAAUGCUAACCGGUUAGCUGCUUGAGGUACAUUUGCCUCUUUAUUCGGGUUGAACUUAACGAACAGCCCCUUCACUCCCAGCUGGGAGUCACAAUGCCGGUUCACUCCCGGGAGAAGAAAGAAAGUAACCACGAAGAAAUGGAGGUGGAUUUCCCCGAGCAGGACGCCAGCAGCACGGACGAGGAGGACACCGUUAGCUCGUCGGUGUCCGAAGAUGGAGACAGCUCGGAGAUGGACAAUGAGGACUGUGAGAGGAGGAGGAUGGAGUGCCUGGACGAGAUGACUACCCUGGAGAAACAAUUCACUGACUUGAAGGAGCAAUUGUACAAAGAGCGCCUGAGCCAGGUGGACAUCAAGCUGCAGGAGGUAAUGGCCGGCUGUGCCCAGGAGUACUUGGAACCUUUGGCCAACCUGCAGGAGAACAUGCAGAUCAGGACCAAAGUAGCCGGCAUCUACAGGGAGCUUUGCUUGGAGUCAGUGAAGAACAAGUACGAGUGUGAGAUCCAGGCGGCCUGCCAACACUGGGAGAGUGAGAAGCUGCUGCUGCUGGACACUGUGCAGAGUGAACUGGAGGAGAAGAUAAGACGUCUGGAGGAGGACAGGCACAGCAUUGACAUUACCUCAGAGUUGUGGAAUGAUGGAUUGCACUCACGGAAAAACAAGAAGAAAGACCCGUUCUGCCCCGCCAAGAAGAAGAAGCCUGUCGUUGUUGCUGGGCCUUAUAUCGUUUACAUGCUGCAGGAUCUUGAUAUUCUGGAGGACUGGACCGCCAUAAGAAAGGCGAUGGCAUCGCUGGGGCCGCACAGGGUGAAGGUGGAUGUGAAGCCUGAACGACAUCACCAUGUGGCGCGCUUCGAGGACGGCCGGCUAUUCUACGACAACCAGUGGUACUGCAGGGGCCAGGCCAUCUGCAUCCACAGGAGGGAGGAAUCCCCGGCCAGCGCCGUCAUCGCCACCAUCAACAGCGACGAGGUGUGGUUCAAACGACUGGACGGCACCAAGUCCAAGCUGUUCAUCUCCCAGCUGCUCAAAGGCAAAUACACCAUCAAGCACUCGUAGGAACACCCACCCGAACCACAGCGGCCGGCGCCUCCUCUGCUGAGUUCCUCUCUGGGUCCGUUCCGUCUACAUCCCUGCUGUGUGUGCACAUACCUGCACACUUUUAAAUCAAAAUGGCCCCUGUCUGAAUUGUAUAGAUCCAAUGUUUUUAUUUGAGGGGGGUGGGGUUGGGCGUUUUCUGAGGUUGGAGUGAGACAAGGAAAUGUUUGCAAUAAAACAUUUGACCAGACGUGUGGAGUCUUGGCCAAUCAGCGUUACAGCUGAUACCAGAUUAUUAUUAUUAUUAUUACUGUGCAUUACUCUGUGAUCUUAAUCGGAUCAGUUUGGACUUUUGGUCAGAACAGUCAACAGGCCCUGGUUCUAAAAGCUUGACAAGGUUGGUCUCAAGUUGUUUUAAUAUUUUGUAUGAUAGAUUAGUCUACAUUGGCCCCCCUCAUGGAUUACACCUGAAUCUUUCAAACCCCCAACCCUCCGUUUUCACCUUUUUCUCCCCUUAUGAGUUUGCAGGUAUGUGUACAGUCCCACACACUCAGUGCAUACUACAUAAAGACGAGCAAACCAACAUCACCUGACGAUCUUCUCUGUAAAUAUGUAUGUGUAUAUUAUUGACAAUGUCACAAAGUGUCGUUUUCUCUGCAAUGGAGAUCUAUGCUGCUAAAAACCACCGAAGGCCGAGGAAACGGAGCGGCGGUGUACUGUGAAGUCUCGUGCCUUUCUGAGGCCCAACCUUCCCGUACCACCAGUAUCAAAGCAGCAAAGCCUUACUCUGGGAGGGAGGGGGGGUCGGGUCCAUGGCGCCUGUGAUUGGCCUCUCGGGACGGUUGAACUUUCAUGCUCCGUAGAUCCUAAUGAAUCAUUUAGUAAAAGCAAAGUAAAAAUGGUGACGCCGAGGCCCGCCUCAUUAGCAGCCAUGCAGUGACGGCAGGUGCCCUGUAUAUAAAGAUGGCCGUGUGAUUGGUCUCUUCUCAUGUUGCCAUUUGUCCGAUGGGGCCUGUUGUAGAAUGUGGUAAUAAAGGCAGCGUCGGGCUGAACCUCAACGUUUGUAAAUCUUGUGCCAUUUCUCCAUUUCUUAAUUCAUGUCUUGUGUCUGCUAUGAAUGCUGCAAUUUUAAUGUUCCACACAAACAAUCUGAAGUAUCUCCCCGAGGUGCCUCCCUGUCCGGUUGUCUCAAUCGUCACCCCUACAGUGCAUCCGCACUUCACUUUUUCCACAUUUUGUUAUGUUACAGCUUUAUUCCAAAAUGGAUUAAAUUCAUUAUUUUCCUCAACAUUCUACACACAACAACCCAUAAUGACAAAGUAAAAACUGUUUUUUGAAAUUUUUUUGCAAAUCUGUUAAAAAUAAAGAAUGAAAACAUACAACAUGGGUUGUUGUGUGUAGCAUGUUGAGGAAAAUAAUGAAUUUAAUCCAUUUUGGAAUAAAGCUGUAACAUAACAAAAUGUGGAAAAAGUGAAGCGCUGUGAAUACUUUCCGGAUGCACUGUGUGUCCCUGUCUCCUGUUGUCUUUGUCCUUGCUCUCGGUUCAAAGCAGGACUGAAGAGUUCUUCUGCACAAUCUGCAAUCCAACCUUCAACAAUGUGCACAUGAUGCUUGUCUCUGUUUGUGUUUAUAUGGUGCUGUAUAAUGUCAGCAUUACAAAAACAUCUUCCUACAGUAUUGUAAAGGGAGGGAACAUUACAUCCAAUGAGAAGAACAUCUCAUUGCUCUGCUUUUACCUUUUUUUCAUGCUUCUUACCCAUCAAGGUAACAAAAAGAAGAAUAUGUGACAUUGUGCCAAUGCCUGUACAACUGAUUAAAUAUUUUGUUUGUAUCAUU